AUGGAAACUAGGUCUGCCGAACAAACCCCUACCGUUGAUGGUAACGUCCCUGGCGCAGAGGCUGAAAGCACCGAGUUCAACGGUGCCAUUGGUAUCGAUCUCGGCACCACGUACUCUUGCGUCGGUGUAUGGCAGAACGACCGGGUGGAGAUCAUCGCCAAUGACCAGGGUAACCGUACCACACCAUCCUACGUUGCCUUUACCCCCGAGGAGCGUCUGAUAGGUGAUGCCGCCAAGAACCAGGCUGCCAUGAACCCUCGUAUGACCGUCUUUGACGCCAAGCGUCUCAUCGGUCGUCGCUUUGAUGACAGCGAUGUCAAGAAAGACAUGGUCCACUGGCCCUUCACCGUCAUCGAAAAGGAUGGUAACCCAUUCAUCCAAGUUGACUACCUCGGAGAGACCAAAACUUUUUCUCCCCAAGAGAUCUCUGCCAUGGUUCUCGCCAAGCUCAAGGAGACUGCCGAGACCAAGCUGGGCAAGGAGGUCAAGAAGGCCGUCAUCACUGUGCCCGCUUACUUCAACGACUCCCAGCGGCUGUCAACCAAGGAUGCCGGUGCUAUUGCUGGUCUGGACGUGCUCCGUAUCAUCAACGAGCCUACCGCUGCCGCCAUCGCCUAUGGUCUUGGCGAAGCCAGUGACAAAAAGGAAAAGAAGGAACGAACUGUCCUGAUUUUCGACCUGGGAGGUGGUACUUUCGAUGUUUCCCUCCUUUCGAUUGCUGGCGGUGUUUUCACCGUCAAGGCUACCGCUGGAGACACCCACUUGGGAGGCGAAGAUUUCGACAAUGCCCUCCUUGAACACUUCAAGAACGAGUUCAAGCGAAAAACCAAGUUGGACAUCGAUGGUGAUGCCCGUGCUCUUCGUCGUCUCCGCUCUGCAUGUGAGCGAGCCAAGCGAACACUCUCCUCCGUUACCCAAACCACCGUCGAGGUCGACUCUCUCUUCCAAGGUACCGACUUUUCCUCUGCCAUCUCUCGAGCCCGAUUCGAAGAGAUCAACGCCACAACAUUCCGAUCCACCCUCGACCCCGUCGACAAGGUCCUCAAAGACGCCAAGAUUGACAAGUCGAAGGUUGAGGAUAUCGUCCUUGUCGGUGGAUCGACACGGAUUCCCAAGAUCCAAUCCUUGGUAUCCGACUUCUUCGGUGGCCGCCAAUUGAACAAGAGCAUCAACCCCGACGAGGCUGUUGCUUACGGUGCUGCCGUCCAAGCUGCCGUUCUUACCGGUCAGACCAGUGAGAAGACAGCCGACCUUCUGUUGCUCGAUGUCGCCCCUCUGUCUCUUGGUGUUGCCAUGCAGGGCGACGUGUUCGGUGUUGUCGUUCCCCGAAACACACCCAUCCCCACCAACAAAUCUCGAACUUUCACCACCGUCGAGGACAACCAAUCUACAGUCACCUUCCCUGUUUACGAAGGCGAACGUGUCACUUGCAAGGAGAACAGGUUGCUUGGAGAAUUCGAGCUCUCUGGAAUCACCCCUCAGCCGAGAGGACAAGCUGAGCUUGUAUGUACCUUUGAGGUUGACGCCAACGGUUUGCUGAAGGUCUCAGCCCUUGAUCGAACUUCCGGCCGAAGAGCCAACAUCACGAUCACCAACUCGGUCGGACGUCUAUCAUCCGCUGAGAUUGAUCAAAUGAUCAAGGACGCCGAGUCGUUCAAGCAGGCCGACAAGGAGUUCUCUGCCAAGCACGAGGCCAAGCAGGAGCUUGAGUCUUACAUCUCGCAGGUCGAAGCGACCAUCACUUCGCCUGAGAAGUAG